CAGAAACCAACGCCUGGAGGUACAGCACGGCUGUUGGGCUGUCUGACUACAGAGAACCUCUCUUUAAGAAGCAUAGCAUCCAACCCAGCAAGGAGUCCUCUUAUGCGCACUGUAAAUACAUUCACGCGUUUUGCUUCAUUGACGGUCAUCAUUGGCGCAGUUGUAUUCUCGCAGACUAUGUGCUUCAACGUAUUAAUGCAGUGAGAUUACAGAACGCGCGUCGCACUUGUGGGAAAAUUUAGAGAUUUGGGAAUCUCUCUUUCUGGACUCCUCACAAUGAGGAAACUCUGAGGUGGCAGUCUUCGUUCAGUUACGCUUCCUUUGGCUGUAACCAAGGGCUAGCUCAUGAACCGGUAUCCUCUUGCGUGGAAUUCUGUUUUCACUUAGAACACUGCUUCUUGGACAAAUGCAUACAAAUGCAUUUAGGAGCCCAACGGACAAGGAGUGGACACGUUUCUCCCACGACAAAAACGAGAACCCUGCUCCUGCUCCUUUCAAUAUGCACUGCAGUACUGUUUGCAGAAGAACACUUCCAAGAGCAAGGUUUAGAUAUUAUUCUUCAGCUGGGCCUCACCGGCCGCAGAGAGACGCACUUGUCUGGCACAACGGCGCCGUCUCCCUCGCACCCUCGCCCCUUCCUGGACGUCCUGCCACCCGGCGUCGGAGUCACCCUCAGCGGGGAUGCCCACAUUGAGGCCCCUGCUCCGGCAGUUUUCCCCGCCGACCUUGAGGAGGAGUUCUCCAUCAUCGUGAGCCUGCGCUGCUGGCGAGCGAACAAUGCUUUCCUUUUUAGCGUCCGAGGUGGCCGGGACGACAGGCUGCGCUUCGGCAUCCAGCUCCUGCCCGGGAGCGUGGCUGUGCACGUCGGGGAGGCGACAGUCAUCCACUUCCCGUACGCCGUGUUGGACGGGCAGUGGCACAUGUUCGCUGUAGGCGUGCGCCUGCGCUCUGUGUCCUUCUACGCGCACUGCGGGAGCGUUCGGUACAGCGAGGAGAUCCCCGCCACCGGCUCGUCGCCGGGGCUGCUGGCCUCCGACGGCCUCUUCGCUCUGGGGAGGCUGGACUCCACCAGUGCCCAGCUGGAAGGGGCCCUGUGCCAGCUGGACAUCUACCCUUCCGCCCAGGCGGCGGCGCAGUACUGCGACUACGUUAAAAAACAGUGCCGCCUGGCGGACACUUUCCGAUCGCCCCCGCCCACGGAAAGCGGAGCCGGGCUCUUCCAGCCCCCCACUGAGUCCUUCCUGGGGUCCCUCUCAGACCCCUCGCCUGCCCCCCUGGAGCCCCUCUGGCAGGGGAGUACCUCCGGUCCGCUCCCAGCCACCUCCGCCACCACCACCACCACCAGCAGCCAAACCUUGGAAGCCCCAGAUCAGGUGUUUCUAAGCCUAAGCCCUUCUGUGCAGCAGUCUGAGGUCCAUCACACUGAGAGGACGUUGGCCGCGCAGCGAUUCGGUCCCAGCCCCUCCCCAGGCCCCCUCAGCAGGAUGGUGUCCGAAGCCGCCACCACUGCGUCAAGGAAUACCACAGCCAGCACCAGUGGCAGACGCACCACAACCAACACCACCACCACAGGCAAGGCCGCCCUCCAGGGCGAGAACGACACGGAGGACGAGCGACUCCGCCAGAGGACCCGUCCCACCGGCACGCCGACCCCUGGCCUGAUCUCCCCCGUCAGGCAGAGCCGGCUGAAGGAAGGCAAGAGGAACCGGACCCGGUCCGGGCCACCGCCACAGUCUGACGACGAGCUGAUGGGCCCCCAGCUGCGCCUGAACAGCACCACCCUCUACCGUGACCCCGGUGCGCACAACCAGGUGGACGACUCGGAGGAGCAUCCACUGGGGGCUCCCUAUGACGUUGGAGACUCAGACGGCUACGGCUACGGCUACGACUACGGCUACGAGGAGGAAGACUAUAUCUUUGAGGAUGACGGUCCGAAAGGAGAACCAGGCCCUCCGGGUGAACCUGGUCCGCCUGGGCUUCCGGGACCCGCUGGAAAGAGAGGACCAAGGGGUCCGCCUGGUCCUCAUGGGAACCCUGGCCUGCCUGGUUUACCUGGUCCCAAGGGUGCCAAAGGUGAUCCAGGACUCUCCCCUGGUCAGGCCCCACUGGGGGACCCGGGAGACAGAGGACGCAUGGGUCCACAGGGCGCAGCGGGUUUCCCAGGUCCACCGGGUCCAAAAGGGUAUCCUGGGCCUUCAGGCUUGCCAGGAGAUCAGGGUUUGCCAGGACUACCAGGCGAGACUGGGGCAGCAGGUUACCCUGGCAGGCAGGGGUUGGCUGGACCAGAAGGUAACCCAGGUCCUAAAGGUGUCCGUGGGUUCAUCGGCCCACCAGGUCUAGCAGGUCCAGUAGGUCUGGAAGGAGAAAGAGGAAUUCCAGGCCCUCCUGGGAAAACGGGUCCAAAAGGAAGGCAGGGUGUUGUCGGUGACGCUGGCGAGAGGGGUCCUCCCGGGCCGGAUGGGAAUGAGGGGCCUGUUGGAGGGACUGGGACUGGAGGCUUUCCAGGACUGAGAGGCGACCCUGGGGCUGAAGGACUCCGCGGCCUACAGGGAAUCUCAGGACCCCAGGGCCCGGCUGGAAGGGUGGGGCCACCUGGAUUGAAAGGUGAUAAGGGGGAACCUGGAUUACGAGGCGAGCCAGGCGAAAACGGUUACCAGGGCGAUAAGGGUGCACCAGGCUUGCCAGGACCUCCAGGGCCGAGGGGAAAACCAGGACCACUCGGAAGACUGGGCGAGAUGGGGCUCCCUGGCCCGCCGGGGCCACCUGGACCAGAGGGCUUUCCUGGAGACAUCGGCAUGCCAGGCCCCAAUGGACCUCCUGGACCUAAGGGGAUGCUUGGAUCCAGGGGUCCUCAGGGACCACCGGGGCCAAAAGGAACAGAGGGUGAUGAAGGCCCUUUGGGCUCACCUGGCAAACCUGGGCCCUUAGGAAGACCUGGGCGGAAAGGCUUCAUAGGCGAGCCGGGACCUGAGGGACCAAAGGGAGAGAUUGGGGACCCUGGAAACAUUGGAAAAAGUGGACCUCCAGGCCCAGUCGGCCUAAUUGGAGCGGAAGGGGUGAUCGGAGUCCCUGGUGAAAAGGGUGACCGUGGUCCAGCAGGUCCUUUGGGUCCACCUGGAGAGAAAGGCGUGGUGGGGUAUCCUGGCUUACCGGGAGGUCCAGGUGAAUUUGGUCCGCUAGGCCCACUGGGUCCACCAGGUCCGAGAGGAACGGCGGGUAUUCGAGGACCAAAGGGCAGAAGGGGCCCCAGAGGUCCAGACGGUCCUAUAGGAGAGCCAGGGCCAGAGGGCAUGAAGGGUGAGCGAGGGGAUCCAGGGAAGAAGGGAGGACUUGGAUUCAUCGGCAAGGCGGGAGGUCCGGGGAAGAGAGGGCCACCUGGCAGUCUGGGUAAGCAAGGCAUUGUAGGCAACACAGGAGAAAGAGGAGCCCAAGGUGAACCUGGCCCCAAGGGACCACCAGGGGAUGCUGGACCUGAUGGAGACCAAGGCCUAGAGGGACCCCCCUGGUCCAGAAGGGGAACAAGGUCCUGUUGGAGAACCCGGAGUGAAGGGCGAUAUGGGGCCACCAGGACAGGAGGGUGAGCAAGGCCAACUAGGGAUGAGGGGGCCUCCUGGUCCGGUCGGUGAAGAUGGGCCCCAGGGAAAGGAUGGACAUAAGGGAGACCCAGGUGAACGAGGGCCCAUGGGAGAGGUUGGGGAAAGGGUAGAGGCGGGUGACCCCGGACCCCCUGGACCCU